GGUUUCCGGGAGUCGGUGGCGAUGGCGUCAUCACCGAGCGCCGGGCCGACGGCAUCGCGGAGGUCGGCUAUGUGACCAGGAAACAUGCUGAGCCGGCUUCAGGAACUGCGCAAGGAGGAGGAGACGCUGCUGCGGUUGAAGGCAGCCCUGCACGACCAGCUGAACCGCCUCAAGGUUGAAGAAUUAGCCCUCCAAUCAAUGAUCAGUUCUAGAAGAGGGGAUGAGAUGCUGUCUUCUCACACUGUACCUGAACAGUCACAUGAUAUGUUGGUGCAUGUAGACAAUGAAGCAUCAAUCAACCAAACGACCCUGGAGUUGAGCACAAAGAGUCAUGUGACGGAAGAGGAGGAAGAAGAGGAAGAAGAAGAAUCAGAUUCCUAAAGAAGGGGGAAAGCCAGGCUGGUGAAAUGCACAUCUGAACAGAGACAGGCAUGGGAAGGAGGCCUGAAAGUGACAUGGCAAACCACUGGGCAGGGGACUCGCUCUUUGCUGCUUCCUAAACACUUAGACGCCAGCAGCAUGGGUUGGUGUGCUGGGCUGGUGAAGGCCGAUAGUGGAGCAGAGCCAACCUGCAAAAUCCACUUCCUCAGCAUCAGAUCUCUUGAUAAAAGCAUGAACCUGCAUGUAAGGAAACGAGAGAACGUGGUGUUAAAAAGAAACAACAACAAAAACACCCACCAGGAAGGAAAAUCCCAAGAGUUUCAGGUCUAGAGCUUGUGCUGCACUUGGAAGGAGCACCUGGCACCUGCCCCUAAGCAGCAGUGGGGCCAACUGCAGACCCAAAGACCCGCUCCAUCAGCCAUAGCAGCUGUGAGGCCUUGGGCAAGUCACCUCUUGGAGCCUACUCUUGCAGUAUGGACACAGUAACUCUGCCUUAAAUGCUUCACCGGCUUGUUAGAAGGGACAACGAAAAUGAUGGACUUAGUGCAUACUAUGCACAGUCUGGCUCUCCAGAUAUUUACAGUAUUACUUAGCUAACCCCACUGCCACCAAACGAAACAGCAGGCGGAGGGUGACUCAGGAAGGAGGCUGAAUGUAAGGUGAGGCCGUCAGUAUUAGGGAAAGGCUCCAUCCCCAUGAAGGGGGUGGGCUGACCUUUUCUUUCCCAUGGCCCCCUAAGGCCUUUCUCUGGCAUGCUUACUCAGGCUGCAGGGGUCACCCCAGCUUUCCCUUAAACUGAUGGGAGGGCAGAGGAGACUGGUGUUUGGUAUUCUGCAGCCCCAGGCUCAGCUGGACCACAGUGGGCAGGGAAUGAAUGGGCUCUGGAAGUACUGCACAGGUGACUGACAGAGAACAACAAAUGAAUAAACAGGUACUGUAAGAAUCUGGAAUAAAUGGACUCACCAUGAGUUGCUUCAAA